UUAUUAAGAUUUGUUGUGUGUGUGUGUGCUGUCAUCGGCUUUGCCAGCAGUAGCACCUUUUUCUUCUUUCAAGAUUAAUAAAAACUGAUGAGUAUAAUCAUGAAUUGGAACAAUUCAUUUAGUUUAUUUAAUUACAAAUUACUGGCAUGUGCAUUUGUGUUGCUGUGCCAUAGUUUUUACAAUCCAACCGAUAGCGGUGCAGUAUCAAUUACACAAAAUAAUUUAGAUAUGGUCUUAGCAUCCAAUGAGAUUGUAUUCAUCAACUUCUAUGCAGAGUGGUGUAGGUUCAGUAAUAUGCUGAUGCCAAUAUUUGAUGAUGCAGCUGAUGAAGUCACAAAAGCCGGAUAUGAUAGUGGCAAAGUAGUUAUGGGUAAAGUUGAUUGUGACAAAGAAGGUGCUAUAGCUACAAGAUUUCAUAUAACUAAAUAUCCUACAUUGAAACUCUUUCGCAAUGGCAUACCUGCUAAAAAAGAAUAUAGAGGCCAACGAUCUGUUGAAGCCUUUUCUGAAUUCAUCAAAAAACAACUAACAGAUCCUAUCAAGAACUUUGGAUCACUUAAAGAAUUGCAUGACUUGAGUGAGGAUAAGAGGCAUAUUAUUGGCUAUAUGGACAGAAGAGAUCAGCCAGAGUAUGAGGUGUUACGAAAAGUAGCAGCCAGUUUGAAAGAUGAGUGUCAAUUUCAUGCAGGCUUUGGAGAUGCCUCACAACAAAUGCAUCCUCCAGGUCAGCCAAUAGUAGUAUUUAGGGCAGAUAGAAAAACAUCUACCGAACCUGAUGAAACUUUCAAAGGCUCAUUGACCAACUUUGAUGAGUUAUAUGCCUGGGUCCAAGAGAAAUGUAUUCCUUUAGUUCGUGAAAUAACAUUUGAGAAUGCUGAAGAACUGACAGAAGAAGGGCUACCAUUCCUUAUCUUAUUCCACCACCCAUCAGAUACAGAAAGUGUGAAGAAAUAUAAAGAAAUCAUUACUCGCGAUUUAGUUGGUGAAAAACAGAAUGUAAAUUUCUUGACUGCUGAUGGGGUUAGGUUUGAACAUCCACUUCACCAUCUUGGCAAGUCUAUAUCGGAUUUGCCACUUAUUGCUAUUGACUCAUUCCGUCAUAUGUACCUCUUCCCAAGCUAUAAAGAUAUGGAAAAGCCUGGAAGAUUGUAUCAGUUCCUUCAGGAUUUAUAUUCAGGAAAACUACAUAGGGAAUUCCAUUAUGGGCCGGACCCGGGGCAGCCGCAGUUGGAUACAGAUGUGAAAGUGACUACACCGCCAGAGUCUACAUUCAAGAAACUAGCGCCAUCCAAGAAUCGUUACACUCUUCUCCGCGAUGAGUUAUAAGGUUACUGCGUCUAGGUCAUGUAAUUUAGCUUAAGUAAGCAAGCCACUAAAGAUAUAAUUGUAUAAAUUGUUUUUAUCUCGUUUUUUGAAAAUUACUGAAUCGAAAUUUAUUUAUCUGUUCUAUUCGAUAAUUUAUUAUUUUUCUAUUGAAAACUUAAAAUGUAGUUUUUUUUUAUUGUUCUAAUAAAGUUACUUCUUGUGGAUGAAUUUUAUGUUUAUAUAAAAAUUAAUUUUUAUUAGAAGUCUGAAUAUAUGUAAAUUUCGGAUAUCGUCCGAACUAUUUUAUUUAGAUAUUAAAAUAAGGUUGAUUAUAUAUUUAUAAUAUAUAUUAUAAAUCUUCAUCUAUUCUUGUCAUAAUUUUUCUCCACUUUUUACUUCAUUUAAUAUUUUAAUUAAUUCUAAUAUUCAUAAAUGAUAUAUAUUCGCUGUCAAGCUUUCUUUAUCCACUUGACACAUUAAAAUACUACAGUAUUCUGUAGUUAAGAUUAAACUUAUCGAAAACAAUUUGUAGUAACAUUAAGGUAUUCAUAAAUGUUAUUAUUUAUACAGGUUGUCAAUAAGUUGUAUCAUUAAUAUAAAAUAAAAUGAUUGUCGUGGAGAUUUUUGAAUUGUAUAAUAUGAUUAAUAUUUUUUUUUUAUAAAUAGGUACUGGAAUAUUUAUGAACAUCUAUAUAAUUAUAAUAUUUCUGUAAAUUGUGUUUCUUUAAAUUUUGUUUCCAUUCGAAUUUAUUUUACGUGUAUCAUUUUAUAAUAUUCAAAUAUUCAAGAUUGUAAUAGAUAUAGACGUAUCGAAAAACGAAAAUGUCACGUUUCAACAAUACCUUGAGGUAUUAAUAAUUUAAUAGAUAAUGUUUAAUAGUUGUAUUAGUCACGAUUAAUGUUUUUUUUUCAAUUUAUCGUUUUUUUUUUUUACUAUUUUUAAAGGGUCCUAACAUAUUCCAGUUUCACCAAUAUUGAGUGUGACGCGCAAUAUUGAGUGGUACGAUGCACGUUUACUGACGUCAUAUUUGGUAAAUUAUAGUGUUUAUAGGGAUUAUAUAUUCUGUAUCAUAUGUCGAUGUUCAUUAUGAUGACAUUCGUAGGGGCUCCGCGUGACGUCAUCAUCAUCGUCAUAUCAGCCAUUAAAUGUCCACUGCUGAACAUUGGCCUUCCCCAUAGGAGUUUUGCUAGUGGAUGCCACGCUUAGCAGGCGGGUUGGCAACCGCAGUUAGUCAUUGGUGAUGUUUUAUGAGGGACUUUGCUGUCCAUCCUUCGACUAUUAAGUUCACUUAGUCGUCCCAUACGACAUCCACAGAAAAGGAAGGAGUGGCCUUUUCUAUGUCUGGAUCACACAGUAAUUUGCAUGAUAUUAAAUGUUAAUAACACUAAUAGAUGCUUUUAUAUUUUAUUAUAGCGUGUUACGAUAUCAAAGUAUUUGUACACGAGUGCCCAAAAAAAGGAAUGUAAAAUUGUAUUUUCAGAGUUUAUUUCUGAGUUUCUUUAUUUCUCGAAAACUUGUAAAUGGCUGAACAGACUUGAAUGUUGGGGUAUUGUUAGAAUUCAUAUAUCAUGCUGACUGGCACUGGCUAUAAUUUUUAAAUAGUUAUUUUUUGUCAGGGCAAUCCAGUCAUUUUUUAUUUGUGGAGCAAAUACUACUUGUUGUGUCAUGAAGGAAAGCACAAAAUUAUAUGAAUAUGAUUAAGGAAACGUUUUUAAUUUUCUGCGUCUACAUUGUUACAUAUAAUGACUUUAAAAGUACCUCCAUACAAUCGAACAUUUUGCUCUCCAAUAUUAUCGUGACAGUAAAAAGAUCUCUAUCAGAGAUGAGCUUAACCUUGCAAACAAGUUGUUAAACUAAUCGCUGUAUUUUUUUACAAGUACAAUAAAGAAUAUAAUAAAAUAAUUUGAAUUUCAUAGCAAAUUACGAUGUAUAUACAGCAAAGCAAUCUUACAUAUGCGUAGAAGUACCAAAUAAGCAUGAUAUUAAAAUCGGUUUUAGCUAAAAACAGAAAUAAUCUACAAGAAUGUAAUUAAAAUUGAAAUUAAACCUUUUAUAAGGUCUGUGUCCAUUAAAAAAUAGUCAUUGGUGGUGAUGCUGUUCGUAUUGUCUUGAGAAAGGUCUUGAUACAAUAUAAAAAUAUGUUUAAUAAAUUUUAUUUCAUCUGUAAGCCGGAACAUUCCUUGCUUGUCAGGCAUUCAGGAAAACCUAUGCGAAUUAAUGGUUUCGAUUAAAAACUUGCUCUAGUUUUCAAUUUUAAUAAAAUUUUAAAAUCUUUUUCCAGUUCUUCUGUUGCGUAUACUGAUAUACGUUAUCUUUUCUUUUUUUACAACCGCCUUUAAAAAGAAGGAGGUUUUUAAGUCGAUUAAAUUGUUUUUAUCUUCGUGAUACCGUCAUUAGUAAAUAGAUUUGGAAAAAUAUUUAUUUUAUCUAAAGGGAUAUAGGUACUUAGAGAUUGGGUUCGUGGAAAUUUUAUCAAAAUCAGUUUGGCAUUUUUUAAAUCAAAAUAAUUGGUUUUGUCACAAAAGAAAUCGGUUUUUUUGUGGCGCACAAUCUUAGUUAUAUUAUUUUCAAGAAUGUGUGAUAUUCUUGUCUCUAUUUCAGUAUCGCAUUGUAUUAAAUUAUAAUUAUUAUUUUGCUACUAUACAGCCUUGUCGUUAAUUCCUUCUUUAUUCUUGGUCCUUUUUUUAUUACUAAGACAUUUUUUAUUCUUAUAAUGAUUAGUUUAAUAACAGGUGCGCAUAACGUACCUUAAUAGCUGUUAUUGCAUUUAAAAUGUUUUGUAGACUUAAUUACCGAUUUUUUUUUCACAAUCUAUAAAUAAUGUAUUAUAAAAACGAAUAGCCUGCAACAUAUGAGUGUUUGCCAUAAUAUAUUUCUAAUUAUCCACUAAUUAAUUAUAUUUUAAAACCCCGGGAUUGCGUAUUAGCUUUACGGAGCCUAUGGUCACUACAGUUAUUUAUGUAAUUACUAUUUCAGAUUAUUGUACAGUAGCAUUUGUGACACAAUUCAUGAGCGAUGAUUAUAAAUAAUAUAAAAUACGCACACAAAUGAUAACCAAUAUAUAAUGAUACAUAUAUAUUUACCAUUGUAUAAGUAUUUUUAAUGAUAGAGGCCUUUGUCCAAAGGGGGGUAAAUGCGGUAAUUACAAAUAAACACACGGCCUGCCUGAUGGCAACUUCUAAUCAUUGCUAGUAGACACUAACAGUAUCUCGGUCCAUAAAUUUAUGUGAAUGGUAAAUCUUUUUACUUACUUUUUAUUUAUAUACACCAAGUAUAUAAAUAAAAAGUGAGUAAAAUGAUUUGUAUUUAUUAUUUUUUAUUGUCUAAUAGCGUCUAAUAUGAUUUAUUGUCUUCUAUUUAUAAAAGAUUUUUCAUGAAUAUGCCAAGUAUAAAAGUAGAUUAUAGGUAAGACUGUCGACGUAACCAGGCGAGAUACACAAAAUUAAAAAAAGAAAUCUAGUUUUUCUAAGAAGUUUAUAACAAAUGGAAUACCUUUUUCGUCGUACACGUAUUAGACUACGAGAUAAAACAUUCCUUAAAACGUAGUCAUUACCUAUUAUUGUUUGUUCGUAUACCUAUUAUACUUAUUAUAAUACUUAUUAUGAUAUGAAAUGGUUGUACAAAGUGUAUGUAACGUGACGUGUGUUGUAAUAAAUUUUUCAAUCCAUAACAUU